CGACAGAGAAGAAGGAGAAGAGCAGAAACCAUGCUUUCUGAAAAGUUUCACCUGCGUCUGCUCACACUUUUGACCUUACUGACAGCACUGUCUCUCACAGAUGUCGCAAGUGAGAGCAAGCUGGAAAAACUUUUGAUGAAACGAGUGGACAGGGAUGUAAAGCCGGCUGCAGCGGUGGCCGUUUCUCCCUCCAAAGCCAAAGAGUUCCUGACCUCCCUGAAAAGGCCUAAAAGAAACCUGUGGGACCGCAGCCGGCCGGACGUCCAGCAGUGGAUCCAGCAGUUCAUGUACAUGGGCUUUGAUGAAGCUAGACUGGAGACGGAUCUGGCGUACUGGAUGGAUCAGCACCGCUCCAGUGAUCAGGGUCGCCAGCAUCACUAUGAUGAAAACGCUGCCCUGGGGCCUCGGGGAGCUGCUUCAUACAGACACGGGGCAAAUGUCAACUAUGACUACUACUAGAACAGUCCAUUCAACCAGAAACACGUCACCGAUGCCAACAAGAUGAUUCUCUGCUCUGAUUUACUGCACAGUGAUCUCAGCUCUCUUCUUUCUUUCUUUCUUUCUUUCUUCCUCUAUAGUUUGUGCUUCCUUUUGUAAAUGGAAAUAAGAGGAGAACAUGUAUUUUUAGUGGAACAGUAAAGGAUUCACAUCUUCAUCAUUUACUUAAUAAAAAAAAAAUUGCAAUUCCUGGAAAGAAAAGUGUAAUAACCGUGACUCAUUCAUACCUUUGUGUGAUGAAAAGCAUGACAUUAUCAGUCAUUACAGGAAAUCUUGUUCUCCGCUAUAGAUUUAAGAGCUCUCAGCUUUGGUAUUCAUAGACUUUCUUUAUGUUGAAAGAAUGGCAGGAUAAAAUAAUUUUACUACCUUGUUCUGUAACUUUAAGUUUAUAUACGCUUAAUUUUCUUGUAAUAAAGGUGUUAAAAAAA